UAAUCAUCAAAAAAAAAUAAAAAUACAAUAUGCAAGUUUUGAAAAGAGAAAAAAUGGGAAGGCCAACAAGAUGGAGUCCAACACCAGAACAACUUAUGUUCUUAGAAGAAAUGUAUAGAAAAGGUUUAAGAAAUCCAAAUGCUACACAAAUACAAAGUAUUACUUGUCAUUUGUCUUCAUUUGGGAAAAUUGAAGGGAAAAAUGUGUUUUAUUGGUUUCAAAAUCAUAAAGCUAGGGAUAGACAAAAACUUAAGAAAAAACUUCUUGCACAAAUGAAUCAACAACAAAUAUUAGCUCAAUAUCCUAUUGAUGCUCAUAGUACAACUACUACUACUAACUCCAAUAACAAUACCCUAUUUCAUUGCCCUACUACUGAUCAGUACCAAAUAUGUCCUUUGACAUCUACUACUGCCCUUCUUCAAGAGGGUGGAAUCAAAGAAGCAUCAUCUCAAGUAAUGACUUAUCUAUAUCCAAUGGAUCUCUCAAAACCAGCUGAUCAAAAUAUGGAAAAUUGCAUGAUAAGACCCUAUGGAAAAGAUUGGAUCGUGAUGAUGAAUAUUAAUCCAAAUAAUUCACCAUAUUGUCUUAAUCGACCCCUCAAAACCCUACCACUUUUUCCUAUAACAACAACCGAUGACCUCAAAGACCAAACAACAUCUUCCACUAGUUUAAGUCUUUGAGAACAUAUCGUCAGUAUAAAUAAUUUUUUACACCAUCAGAUUAUAUCCCAAUGAUAUAUACUAUCUGUGAUGACAGAUAAAAAUGAUUUCAUGGUGUAAAUUUUAUUUAUAUUGACGAUAUAUAUUGUGUGAACUAUAGAUUUAUUAUAAUAGUAACUUUGCAUGAGCUCUAUGCGUAGUAUUAGUACUAUCUUAUUUUUAUUUCUUUGUACCAAUAGAAUUCUUUGCUUCACACAGAAAAAGAAAAAAGGAAAAAAAAUUGGCAUAGGAUAUAGUAUCUAGUUUUACUGUUUGAGUGUGUACCUUGUAAAGACAGUUGAAUAUUAUUAGAGUGUUGUCUUAAUUGAUGGUUUCUGUUAAAAAUUUUGGGUAGUUACUAGUAGAGGAAAUAUCUGAAUUGUCUAAUUCCAUGUGUAAAGUCAUUUUCCAUGAUGAGCUACUUGUGGUACUAGUAGUUCUAGUUAAAGAGCAGUAAGUAGUUGUCACUUUUUCUUUA